GUCAUACGCACCGGUCAAACGUACACGGUCGUCCCGCGUGCGGUUGUCGUUCGUUUUUUUUUUGGGUUUUUUCCGUUUUUUAUUUUACGUUUUUUAAAAAUUUUUCCUCGUUACCGAUAUAGUGGAAACCCCAAAAAAAAAAAAAAAAAUUUUAAUAAAUCGUCGUCGUCGCCGCGAGACACAGUGCCCAUGUCGAGAUACACGACAUCGUAAUAAUAUCGAAUUAUUAUUGAGAGUCGUCGUCGUCGUCAUACCCGUACGUCACACACGCGUAUUGUUGUAUUUAUUUUAAUAUUAUAUAAUUACAAUAUAAAUAACAUACGCGCGCCGUGGAUAAUAUUAUUAUUAAUUUUUACGAUUGUCGUGUACGCGCGAUUGUGCCGUCGUCGAGACACUACGUUUGCCGCGCGAGCAUUUGUCGCGCGCGCGCGUUCGCCCGUGUUACCGUCCGUCCGUUAAGCUGGAGGGCUUACCCGCGGUGGCCGGCGGAGAGGGGCUAAGGCUGGCCGCGGCCACCGGCGCCCAGUACCGCCGGGUCGACGACGACUCGAAGCUCGCGCACAAGUUCCACCCGGCCGGGUUCGAGUUCUACCGUAACCUGCACAAGUUCCACAACCUGAACAACAACAACAACCACAGCAGCAAGAACAACAACAACAACGACUCGCCGCCCUCGGACAAAGCGGCCGUCGCGGCGGCCGCAGCCGCGGCCAUGAUCCUGCAACAGCACCACCGCAUCGGCGGUCUGCUGGCCGGCCGGCGGCCGUCGUCUUGCGACGCCUCCGUCGCCGCCGCCGCGGCCACCGACCAACAGCCGCUCGACCUCAGCUCGCUGUCCGUGCCCAAGUACAACAACGGCGGCCGGGCGCACCCGUACUUUGCGCACCAUCACCACAACAACCAUCAUCACGGCCGGGUGGCGGCCGGCCACCAGCAGUCGUCCGCCAAGUCGGCGGUGUCGUCGCCGCCACCGCCGCCGGCCCUGAUGCGCGCCGUCCACGCGGCCGUCGGUUCGUCGUCCGACGACGACGACGAGGACGACGACGACGAAGACGAAGACGACGAACGCGGCAGCAUUGGCGGCAGGAGGAGUCGCGGCGAUCAGUCGUCGCCGCUACCGCCGCCCACGCCCAACGAAAACGACACUUCAGACCGACUGAUGCACCUAGAACACAAAUUCUACUGCCGAGAUGGUACUGAUGCCGAGAGUAUUAAAAGUGUCAAGUCUCAAUCACCUAUUCCAGAAGAAGAUGAUAAUGGUGAAGAGGAAAGGGUGGAAGAUAUCGUUGAUCACAGCGAGGACAGUACUGGAAGUGAUUUGUUGCUCAACUCAGAUGGAUCACCAGAUAGAAUUGGAGCAUUAAAUUUGGUUUCGCACAGACAUUCUGGUAGCUCUUCGAGCUCAGGUGUUAGCAGUACCGGACCGUCGGGAAAUUGUUCAGCAAAUGUAACAAGUGGUAGUGAUCCAUUAGCUGCACUACAAAGUCAGCAUUUCGCACAGAUUCCUGGAUUGGGAGUAUUAUCGCCGCAAAGUAAUCCAUUGAUCGGAAGUCCUCCUGGAGGGCAAUCUUCUCUUACUCCUCAAGAACUCCAAGCACUUUUCCAGCAACAAAUUCAAUAUUUAUUAAUGAGACAGUCUACAGCAACACAUCAGAAUCAGACUCCAUUUUUUUUUCAAAACCAAGUCCACCAAGCAUUGACUCAAGCAUCACUUCAACUACAACAGAUCCAACAGGCUCAAAAUAUGACUAACAACCAUCAGCAUUCUCCAGUUGGUAAUGGUCCUAUUCAGUCGACACGUCCAGCUGGUUCUUCAACACCAUCCCAUCAUUCUAAACACUCUGCUCAGACCCAAUCAUCUAAUAAUGACUUGGAUCCAUCAGCAGCAGCCGCUCUAAGCAGACUGGCAGAAACCAAAACUAGCACUGACGAUACCACCGAUCUCGAAGAAUUAGAACAAUUCGCUAAACUCUUUAAGCAAAGACGCAUUAAAUUAGGUUUUACUCAAGGUGAUGUAGGCCUUGCAAUGGGAAAACUCUAUGGCAACGAUUUCUCUCAAACAACAAUAUCUAGGUUUGAAGCUUUGAAUUUGUCUUUUAAAAAUAUGUGCAAGCUAAAACCACUGUUGCAAAAGUGGCUUGUAGAUGCUGAUAGCACAAUGACCAACCCUAGUGCAUUGUGUAAUCCUCUGACAACACCAGAAGCAAUCGGAAGACGUCGCAAAAAACGUACGUCCAUUGAGACGUCUAUAAGAUAUUCUUUAGAAAAAGCAUUUAGGGCAAAUCCUAAGCCUACAUCUGAAGAAAUAUCUAUAUUGGCCGAUAACCUAUCCAUGGAAAAAGAAGUGGUACGUGUAUGGUUCUGUAACCGCAGGCAAAAAGAGAAACGCAUUAAUCCGCCAACAACAACUAUGGCUGGUCAAACUACAUCUACCAAUACAGAUAUGUUUACCGCUUCGAUGUCAGUACAAAACCAGAGUGACAUGUUUCCUAUGCUAACUUCUCCAGGACAUCCACUAGCACUUGUAUCUUCUCCUUCCAUUGGAGGUCAUCAUCACCAUCACCAUCAUCAAAGUAACAGUGAGUGACAUUGGUCCAUCUCAUCGUCCCUAAACAAUGGAUUUGAUGAGCUCGGUCAACGUAGAUAUUUCAGGGCUCCUAUUGAUGGCAAAUUAUCACUUUGUUAGUCACAUAAAAUUUUGUAUUGACUUUCAUAUUGAAAAUUAGCAACAAAUUCCUAUUUGAAACAAAUAAUUAAAAACAAAAAUAAAAUC